CUCAACGAAACGCCAAAGCCAAGUACAGUAGAAUCAGUCGUCGUUCCAUUCAGAUUCACUUCCAUUGCAUUUCGGAACCCUCGUCCACUCAUUCAUUCAUCCACUCAUUCAUUCAUACUUAGCACAGCUAAGCAGUUCGCAUUGUCAUCAUGUCGCUCCCAUCACUGUUCAGGAGCAGCAGACGAAGAGGGAACAUUGAUGACAAUGGCGAUGAUGAUGGGAAGGGCGACUUGCAGCCACUGACGCGCGGGGACGAUCACCACGACUACGACUACGACAACGACGACGACGAUGAUGAUGACGAAGGCGACGACAUGCAUGGCAAGGCUGAUUACGGCGGCGAUGACAGUGACAAUGACAUUGUGUUUGAGAGUGGACGACGAGCGGGACAGCGAAGACCAGCGUCGCUCGCCACAGCCGCACACCACCAACGCAACGGCCAAGGUGCGUCACACAAGCAUCAGCAACAUCAGCAAUCAUUGGGACGGGCGUCGGUGGGCGGUGGUGCACGACAGCCGGACGAGACACAUUCCGACCCCGAGCGAACCCGGCAUCGGGCUCAGCAGGCUGGCUACGACGAAGGGAGAGCGACAUGGAGAGAACUCGCGGCGUCCAUCUUCAAUCUCGUGUCAUCCGUCAUCGGAGGCGGAAUGCUCUCAAUUCCAUUCGCGUUUGGCGAGUCGGGAGUGCUCGUCGGGAUGGUGGUGCUCGUCGUCAUGGCGUUGUGCGCGACGCACUCGGCCCAUUUGCUGGUUGUGAGCCGGAGAUUUGGCGAGCGGGCUGGCCUGCUCUCUGCAUCUGAUCGCGGCGACUAUGAGGUUAUUGCAAAGUGCGCCUUCGGUCCUGCCGCGGCCUACACUGUCGUGUUUAUCAUGUUUUACAUUUGCCUGAUGCCGUGCAUUGCGUACCUCAUUCUGUUUGCGGAUGGCGUCGCUCCGCUGAUGCGGCUCGCCGGCGGGACGGAUUUCGUGCUUGCCGAUCGCGGCGUGAUUAUGAUCCUGGCGGCUGUGACCCUAUUACCAGUCACGCUGCUUCGCUCCUUGUCCGCGCUAAAGCACACCAGCGCGAUCGGCGUUUUCAGCGCCUUUUUCAUCUUGCUUGCCGUCACCAUCCGCUUUGCGCAGAACGGCAUUGCGACCACCGUCGCCAUGGCACGGGCCGAGUCCAGCCUGUUUGGCACCGUCUCUGUGCUCAGUGUGGCCUUUUUAUGCCAUUUCAAUCUCGCGCAGACCGAGCACGAGCUGCGCCGACCAUCCAAAGGCCAGCUCAACACGUUGCUCACCUCGACCUUCACCAUCUCUGGGGGUGUCUACCUGUUGUUUGGCAUUGUGGGCUACCUUCAGUUUGGCUCGGCCAUCCAAGGAAACGUCUUUAACAACUUUUCCGAUUCCGACUCGCUCAUCAACAUUGCUCGUGUCACCUUUGCCCUUGUCAUGUGGACGUCCUAUCCGCUGCUCGCCUACCCUUGUCGUGCAGCCCUCGAUCAGCUCUUGUUCUGGGGCGUACCGUGGCAGCGGUCGCGCCAUGUCGCCGAAACCCUCUUCAUUCUGAGCGUUACGCUGAUUUGCGCGCUGUACAUUCCCAACGUGAUGACAAUCUGGCGAUUCACGGGCUCUACCUGCACGCUCCUUGCCAUUUUCGUGUUUCCCCCAUUGUUUUACCUCAAGCUGCGAACACCAACAGUCCGUCCAACGCGGCAAGCGCUGGAGCGUCGUCGAAGGAAUCAAGCGCGGCUUGCAGAGGCGAGCCGCAACAAUAACAACAACAACAACACCACCUCCGGAGCUGGAAUCGCGGAUCUGGAGCUCUCAGAACCAGCUGUUGCAGCGGUUGACUUUGACGACGAUGAUUUCGUUCAAGAGCCCUUCUACAAGGAUUACAGUGGACUCUCUGCCGUCUUGAUGCUGUUUUCCGGGUUUGUGCUCUUUAUCGCGUGCACCUACGAGACGUUCCGUACUCUGUGAUCCCAACGAGUUCUUUUGAAGCAUUUUUCAGUUUGAACAAUAGACAACCCCGGUUAUUAUUAAGAACCCUU